AGAUGACGGGGUCUUUCCUUCGUCGAUGUCGUUUGGCCGCGGAGAGUUUUGCGUAAGUUUGAUUGCUGCAAGGACGAGGGAUUUGAGUCCGUUUUGGCGCCAUCGCCCCCUCGCCUCGCUCCCCUCACUUCCGUGCAGUUUUUCUUGGACUUUGUAGCUCCGAAUUUGGUGCAGAUUCGUGUUUGUUUGAAGCUUAUUCUCGGCGCCUAGUGUGGUAGCUGUUUGGUCCGUGACGAGUUUCGUGCAGGACAAGUUCGUGUGGGCUUUUGGCCGUUGAGGGUGGCAACUACACGCACACGAUGCUAGUUUCGAUGAUUCGGCUACCUAACUUGCUCCUGUCGCUCAAACUUCCGGAGAGUGUUUAAGAAGUGCGGGAAACAGUGGCACGAAAAUUGCAGAGAGUUAUGUUUGUCGGGUUUUACAGGAGAAGUUUCGCAUUGACUGUACGCAGUAAAGGAAGAAGAGUAGAACUUUUUAGAGUGUGUCUCGAAUAUGGAGGUGGUGGCAGCGCCGUCGGUUUCCUCACCAUUAGAAGGACAAAUGCUAACCAUGAGUCAUAAUGGAGCUUCCCCAUUACCUCCACGGCCACUAGUGCACACAGAGGCACCAGUUACACCAGGCUCGACGCCCGUUAGAACAGUGCUUUCGCCGACGAUGACGCCUCCAGGGUUACUAUCGCACUCCAUUGCUCCUAAUCAGUUGUACCCGACCCCACUUGCCAAGCACCAGGACGUAGUUGCAAGCAAGGAGCUCUUUCUUGACACUCUCAAGAAGUUUCACAUCGCUCUUGGCACUCGUCUCGUGAUUCCAAAGAUGGGAGGCAAGGACCUUGACCUACAUGUUUUGUACGUUGAAGUUACACAGCGAGGUGGUCUGCAACAGGUUAUCAAGGACAGAAAGUGGAAGGAAAUCACAGGGGCUUUUAACUUUCCUCGCACUACCACAAGUGCCUCGUAUGUCUUGCGCAAAUACUACAUCACAUUACUUCAUCAUUAUGAGCAAUUAUAUUUUUUUGGUUCUAGGGGUCUCCUCGUAGCUCCUCCAACACCACUACCUGCACCUACCCCUGUUACUGUGAAGCAAAUUGAGUACGCCCCUGCCGUGGAGCCACAGGUACAUUCAGAGGAGCCGGAAGUAAUUAAUACAGAAGGGAAGAAAGUUCGCAAGAGGAAGCUUACUCCAAUAUUGCCGGCAAUGGCACCAGUGAAUCCAGUAUCUGCAGUUGGAAAUGCUGUAAGUGGCGCGAUUGAAGGUAAAUUUGAGGACGGUUACUUGGUUACUGUAACGGUUGGUACUGAGAAGCUGAGAGGAGUUAUCUAUCAUAUUCCACCCGGACAGCGUGUUCCCCAGCAUGCACAGGUUGUAAAUUAUGCGCUAUCACCUGGUGCUGAGGUAACGAUACCUGAAAAUGUGGUGCCUGAGAAAAUUCGAAAACGGAAACUAAGAGAGGAGCUUAAAAAGGAUCCGAAUGCUCCUCGAUCUAACCGGACAGGGUAUAACUUUUUUUUUGCCGAAGAACGAGCAAAACUUAAAGUCAUUUAUCCGGACAAGGAAAGGGAAUUGAGCCGCAUGAUUGGCGACGCUUGGAAUAGCCUUACCGAGGAACAAAAAUUGCCAUAUCAAGAGAAAGGAGUCAAGGACAAGGAAAGGUACGAGAAAGAAAUGCGUGAAUAUAAGCAGUUGAAAAUUUCCCAGACUUUAGGCAGUGCUAUUCCAGAAGAAGUACGUCGAGAAGCAGUUGAAGUGGCAACUGCAAAUGCUGGGGAUGGUGAUUAUAAUGUCGCGGCAGUGGAGCCCCAUCUGAGACCAGCUGUGGUUCCAGCUACUCCACCCGCAACUUGUUUUUAUGAAUUCCCGUCGACCCAGCAGCUUGUCAACUCAUCACAAUCUGCACCUGACCAACACUCUACACAUCAGUAUUUUCCACAUCAUUUCACCAAUCCCCUUCAUAGCACCACAGGAACCACACUUCCUUCCUCUGCUCAGCAGCAUCCUUACCCAGAUCACAAAAAGGUUGGCCCUCAAGGAAAUCAAGGUUCUAAAAGCCAACCAGUAGCUCAUCAGUUCAUGGACUGAUUACAAUUUUCUGUGCAUAUCUGACGUUCCGGCCAUUAAAAUGCUUUGCGGUAAACGGAAAUCUGGAUGUACUAAGCAUUCCGUAAUCGACUACCUCAUGAAGACGUUGCCGGCCCUGGUAAGCAAGCUUACCCAAUUUUGAUUCUUUCUGGUAGUGUUGCUCAUAAUAGUCCCACGAUGUGAUGCAGGUUUCUAUCUCAAACACUUAGUGGUGUUCAUAUAUAUGUUAAUCAUCUGACAACGUAGGGUACAGACGAAACCUCUUAUUUUGAGCGAAGAAAGAAUAUGCAGGCUAGUGGUUUGGCUUCGAUCAUACCGCCAGAAUGUGAAAAUUGCCUUACUUUUUGACGUUGUCUUUUGAUCGAGGCCCACAUUCGGGAGGGUUUUGGGAUUGUGGCUUGAUUUUGCAGUGAAGUCUGCAUUUUAAAAUUUUACCCCAUGUUUCAAUA